CAACAAAGGGCCUCGCCUCGCCCCAGUCUGCAUACUUAACCAUCAGCCGUCAUUGGUAGGUCGACUUUUUCUGAUUCAAGUUGCUGUCUCAUCUGCUAUCUUUGCGCCUGCCACGACUGGGAUUGGAUCUGUUGGAUUGCAGUGUGAAGGACCUUGGCAGUGGCUCAGAAGCAGUCGAGGUGAACAUUGGUAACUGACAUCUUCUCGACUAUACAGUCUCAAGUUAUCCUAAGCAAUGGCUUUCAUCAAAUACGCCCUCCCCGCUCUUGCUGCGGCCCAGGUCGCCAUGGCUGCCAGCUGUGGUAGCACCGACAGCACCAUCACCAUCUCCAGCCAGAGUGACCUUGACAGCUACGCGACCUGCACCACCCUCAAGGGUGAUGUUGAGAUCAGCGAGAGCGCCUCUGGUGACCUCACCCUCAACGGUGUCACCUCCAUCACUGGUGGACUGAGCUGCACCGGCGGCAGCAACAUCACCUCCUUCAGCUCUUCCUCCCUGAGCUCCAUUGGCGACACCUUCAAGCUGGACGGUCUCACUACCCUCACCACCCUCAGCUUGACCAACCUCACCAGCGUUGGUUCCAUCUCCUGGACUGCUCUCCCCGAGCUGCAGUCCCUGGACUUCACCAAGGGUGUUUCCGAGGCCGGCAGUGUCACCAUCACCAACACUGGUCUUACCAGCUUGGACGGUAUCUCCCUUAAGACCGUCGGUACCUUCGACAUCACCGAGAACACCAACCUGAAGACCGUCAACGUCAACGAGCUCACCAACGCCACUGGUCUGAUCAACUUCGCUGGUAACAUGGACUCCCUGCAGAUUAUCCUGCCCAACCUCGGUACCGGUACCAACAUGACCUUCCGUAACGUCAGCGGUGUCUCCAUCCCCUCUCUCGAGACUCUCAGCGGUCAGCUUGGUUUCUGGGGUAACACCUUCACCAACUUCAGCGCUGCCAACCUCACCACCACUGGUGACCUUGUCUUCGACGACAACACCAAGCUGAACAACAUCAGCAUGCCCGUCCUCAAGACCGUCAACGGUGGAUUCCAGAUUGCUCGCAACGACAAGCUUAAGUCCAUCAACUUCCCCGACCUGAAGGAGGUCACUGGUGCCAUUGACUUCAGCGGUGACUUCGACGAGGUUUCCCUCUCUUCCCUGACCGAGGUUAAGGGUGGCUUCAACAUGCAGAGCACUGGUAACUUCAGCUGCAGCGCCUUCAAGACCCUGCGUGAGAACAACGUCAUCCGUGGUACCUACACCUGCAAGGCCAGCACCUCCGACCCCACCACCAGCGAUGGAUCCUCUGGCACCUCUUCCUCCACCAGCAGCAGCAGCAGCUCUUCCUCCACCAGCAGCGACAGCGCCUCCGUCAUGAACGGGGCCAACAUGCCCGCUCUUGGUCUUGCUGCCGUCCUCGGUGGUCUGAUCCAGUACGCUCUGUAAAGGACAAAUUGAUACCAAACAUUUGUGUGUACGCUUUUUUGAAACCCUUAUCAUGGUCGUGUAAAGUUGCCUAAUAAGCAAUUGGUUUCCUUUAAUUCCAGUACUGUGCUGUUUCUUAUGAUAAUAAUUGAAUAUCGGUUUGCUUGAGCCAAAAUUCG